AUGUUCAUCUUCCUCAUAUCGCAAGCACUAGCCGCCUGGUUUGCGUUCUUGCUGCCGUGCUACUCGACGUACAAGGUCAUAAGCCAGACACCACCCCCGCAGGCUGAGCUCCAGCGAUGGUCCACGUACUGGGUGGUUCUCGGCGCAUUCCUCGCCUUCGAGCAUCUCGCAGAGUGGUUCGUGAGCUGGUUUCCCUUCUACUGGGAGGCUAAAAUCAUCUUCUUGCUCUUCCUCGCGUUGCCUCAAACGGAGGGCUCGACCUACAUAUACAACGUCUACCUGCAACCCUUCUUCAUCAAAAACGAAGCAGACCUCGAUGCUGGCAUCGUAUCCGCGCAACGCAAUGCACUCGGCUUCGUCCAAACGCGCCUCAACACGGUCUGGGAAUUUAUCCUGAGCCUGCUCAACAAGUCACCGGCUUCUGCUCCUGUCAACGGCGUCCCCGGGCAACAGCAACAAACGCAACGCCCCGCGGCUUUGGAUUCAGUGAUGGGAUUAUGGAAGACGUAUGGCCCUGCUGUGAUGGGUGCUAUUCAAGGAUCGAAGCCAGCAAGCGCUUCCGACAGGUCCACGCCUGCUACCACACCCAGCGCCACUGCAUCCUCGAGCUCCAUCCAAACGCCAUCUGCGUUCGAUAGAAGACCCUCAUCAGAAGCACCUCUUCCCAACCCCUUUUCCUCUAAUGCUCCCCCCGCCUUCCCUGAGCCGCAAUUCAGUCAUUAA